UGUUACUGGAAAAAUUCAAUUUGGUAUCAAGAAGGGUGUAGAGAAAAACAGUUGUCAAAACAGGAAAUUCAAAGUUGCUUGUUUGGCAAAAAGGUUUGGGAGUAGUAAUCUCUAUUAUCGUGUUUAAGAUCCUUAUUAUAUCUGUUUUUAAAUACAUGCAUGCCAAAAUAAAUUUAUUUAAGAGAUUUUUUUAUUUCUGUAUUGUAAAUUUAAUUACAAAAUCGAAUAAAGUGACAUGGUGAUCUGAAAGUUGUACAUACAUUUUUGUACCAGUUUAAUUACAUAAUAUUACAAAUGAAAAAGAAUGCUACUCAACAUUUACAACUUGAUUUCCUAUAAGACCUAAACUUCAUGACUUUCUUUCAGGUCUUGUUUAUUGGUGACUCAACCAACAGAGGAAUCCAACACUACAUCUCUGAGAGACUCAAUGGGUCCCUCAUGGAGUGGGACAAGACUCAUACCAUUCGUGUCUAUGAAGACCUCAAUGAAGGCAGAACUGUUUUUGGGUUUGCCUACUAUCCACAGUUUUGGCUGCCUCAUCACAAAAGGCCACCACUGGAUAAAGCUUUAUCACAGCUUAUCAAAAGGUGA